AUGUCCUCGUCAGCAGCCUCGCAGGCCUCUCAGUCCUCUGCGCCAUCUACCUCAGCAGCCACCUCCAGCCGCCCACCGGUAACGCUGCCUCCGACGACACACCUCGAUCCGGGCGCCUACAUCCGCGGCACUCACCCCAUAACAUUCGGCGAACACAACUUGGUCCACCCCCGCGCCCUCCUCACCACCACAACGCACCCUCUCCAUAUCGGCUCCAAUAACAUCAUCUCUGAAAAGGCCACCAUCGGCGGCUCGCCCACCUCCAAUACCACCACCAACCCCCCGGCCGCCAACGCCCACACCACAACCAGCAUCUCCUCGCCCGACCCGAACCCCUCCGCUUCCCCUUCCCUCUCCCAACCCUCCACCCCUCACCUGCCCCCACCUUCCUCGCCGUCCAUUUUCACCGCCCCCACAACCCUCCACUCACACGUCCACAUCCAUCCACACGCCCAAAUCAGCCACUCCACCACCCUGCACUCCUACGCCCUCGUCGAACCCCAUGCCAUUAUCCACCCGGGCAUCACCAUCGGCGCCCACUCGAAAAUCUGCGCCAACGUCAACGUGACGGCCGACGUGCCAGAAUGGACCGUUGUGUACGGCGAGGGGAACCAGCGGCGAAGUCGGCGGCCACCUAACACUACUUAUACAACGGCAUCACAGGAGAAUCAGGGUGCUGGCGAUGAGAAGAACCCUUCUGGUGGUGAUAGUGGCCGGGGCCCAUGGAAGCGGAUUGAGGAAGCGGAGGCGGUACGAAUCAGAGGCACGGACAAGGAGCGUGAGGCGACGAGUAUACUGCUGCGAAACGCGGCUCGGGCGGCGGUGGCGGCCAAGAGGCAGAGCGUGCAGCGAUAG